GUGGUCGUGGACGUGGCGGAUCAAGACAAAACAACGGUGGAAGAAGAACCAACUCUGACAACAACGAUUCUGAAUUGGUUAUUAAAUCUGAUGGAGGAAAGAGAGAAGUUGUUAAAAAGAGUCUUACUCUUUCUGAAAGAUUUAGCCAAGUAAACAAGUCCUCCUCACAAGGACCUGUUAAAGGUAUUACCAAGAAGAGUAAUACCACUAGAGGUGGAAAACCAAGAGGAGGUGCCAAAGGUGGUGCUAGAGGAGGUGCUAGAGGUGGUGCUAAAGGUGGAAAACCAAGAGGAGAAAAGAAGGAAAAAAAGACUAAAGCUGAAUUGGACAAGGAAAUUGAAGAUCACCUCGGUUAUAGUACUGAAAACAAGCAAGAAGAAGCCUCCAGUAACACCGGAUCAACAGAAUAAAUAGAUGAUAAAGACUCUAGAGAUUGUACUAAUAAGAUUCAUCAAUUGAUGAUCACCUAAAUAUAAGAUUAGAAUAGUUAACUAUUAUUAAUACUCGAUUAUUCUCCAACUAUUUACAAGAGGUGACGGGGUUCUAAAUUUCAGAAUAAGCUCCUAGUGAUUAUGAACAUGGACAAGAUGAUUAUGUUUAACAAUGCGAUAUAUCAAUGCAACUAAGAUGACAUAAGUCAAAACUUUGCUUGCGUUAUUAUGAAGUCAGCUGACUUACUGCGCAGAGUUAGGUGGUCCUCAAAGCGCACCAUGGUUCUUGUAGGACAUCCUCACUAGAGAGGACUAUCAUUGUGUUUUUUCAAUCAAAAAAAUGUUUAGAAGCCUAUGCUCAUCCUUUUCAUUAUCCAACAAGACUAAUCACAUCGCUUCGGUACUUUCUUAUUCAAAGAGAGACUUGAACAUUUGCAUUGUUGGAAGUGGCCCAGCUGGAUUUUACACAGCAAAACAGUUGCUCCAAAAAGAAUCGAAUGUAGACAAGGUUGAUGUUACAAUUCUUGAAAAAUUACCAACUCCAUACGGUCUCGUAAGGUAUGGUGUUGCUCCUGAUCAUCCCGAAGUUAAAAAUGUUCAAAAUGAUUUCGAUAGUAUCGCUUCAGAUUCAAGAGUAAAGUUUUUAGGAAAUGUGACACUGGGCAAAGAUGUCAGAUUUAAAGAGCUUAGUGAAAUGUUUGAUGUUGUAGUAUUAACCUAUGGAGCUGAUAGUGAAAGAUCAUUAGGUAUUAAUGGAGAAUCUUUGAAGGGAGUGGAGAGUGCUCGUGAGUUUGUCUCUUGGUAUAACGGUCUUCCUUCACAUACUACACCUGAAACAUUCAACAGAUAUAGGCAAUUAAUUGAAACAUCCAAGAAGGCUGUAAUUAUUGGGCAAGGAAAUGUAGCUCUAGAUGUUGCUAGAAUUUUAGCAAGACCUAUUGAUACACUCAAAUGUUAUGAUUUGACAUCUCAAGCAAUUAAUAUUUUGGAAAAUUCUAACAAGACAUUGGAGCAUAUUCUUGUUGUAGGUAGAAGAGGCCCUGUUCAAAUUGCAGCCACUACCAAGGAAUUGAGAGAAUUAACCAAAUUGAACUGCCUCUAUAUUGAUCCAACUCAAGUUAAGAAUGAAUAUAUUGACGAGAAUUCAAAGGAACAAUUGGAAAAGGAGGGAAGAGCCAAGCAAAGACUAGUUCAACUUUUACAAACAGCCACUGAAAAACCAACUCUCGAUAAGGACACCAAGCUUGUUCAACUCUUGUUUUUCAGAAAUCCAGUAGAAUUCAUUCCAAGUAAGAGUGAUCCUUCCAGAGUUGGAUCUAUAAAAUUUGAGAUUACACUUAUAGAAAAGGAUCCAAAAGGUGGAGAACCAAAAGCUGUUGGAUCUGGCAUUUUUGAAGAAAUAGAAUGCGAUUUGGUUUUUGAAAGCAUUGGAUACAAGAGCGUGCAAGCUGAUACAGACAUUCCUUUCGAUCAAAAGAGAGGAGUUGUCCUUAAUGAAUUUGGUAGGGUGAUUAAUGAAAAUAGUCAAGUUGUAAAGGGUACUUACGUUUGUGGCUGGUUGAAGAGGGGUCCAUCUGGCGUAAUUUUAUCGAAUAUUUAUGAUGCUGAAGAGACUGUUGGAAGUAUUUUAUCUGAUUAUUCUGAAUCAAAAAUUUCUUCAUCCACAGUUGACUCCUAUUCUAAACUUAUUGCUCACCUUCAAUCCAAGUCUACUCAAUAUAUUACCUUUGAGCAAUACAAAAAGUUGGAAAGACACGAAACUGAAGAAGGCGUAAAGACUGGUAAAAUCAGAGAAAAAGUAUUGUCUGUUGAAGAAAUGUUAAAUGUUUGUUUUAAUUAGAUUUUUCAUGACAGGCACUAUUAUCCCGCAACCCAAAAAGUUGCACAUAAUAUGCCUUAAUAAAGAAGAGUACAAAGUG